AUGGAGUUAAAUCCAAAUACCAAAUCUAUUUUGGCUGACUUCAAAGAUCUCGGCCAUUCGGAUCGGCGACAAGCGAUCACCGCAAUCCUUCAGAACUUGACUAUUAACGAGCUAAGAGCCGCGAAGGAUCACUUAGAUCCUCUCAAGUUUCAAAAAGAUAUCUGGGGCUCACUGCCCCCAGAACUCCGAGACAUUGUUGCAAAAGACUUGGGAUUGAGUGACUUAUUCGCCCUACGAAGAGUAUGCAAAUUAUGGAACCAACAAUUAUCUUCCCCGGCAUUACUGCGUAUCGCGUAUUCGAAUGCAACUGCCCCCGGACACCAUGUCUUGGAUAAUGUGUCCGACGAACACCUCAUGAAAAUGAUUAAAAGACGAGUUAGAGCUGAACAAGAGCGCCCCGUCACUAUGGCCUCAAUAUCUACUUCUCCAAUUGCGAAUAAAGAUAAGGAACAAAUGUCCUACGCACACGGCAUGUUUGCCUGGAUCGACUUGAAAUCCGACGAAACCUCCAUUUGCCUCGUACAUCUGAACACCGGUGAACAAAGUCACUUUACUACGGAAAACAGGGAACGCCUACGUGCUAUCCGUGUAUCUGAUACACUGAUCGCGGCGAUAUCCAUGCGAGGGUUUUGCCAUGUCUGGGAGAUUGAGACCGGAAUUCACAAAUCUUUUCGACUUACUUCCUUGCAUUUCCAUCACUUCCUGGUACACGGAGUCAAGGUGAUGGUGAGCUAUGAUGACAACAUCAUCCAUUUCUGCUUCGCCAAUUUCAUUGCUCGGACAUUUGCAGUCGAGGGACUCAUCUGCUCAAUAUCUCUACAUAACAGUGAAGAUCAGGUCACAUUAUCUGUUACUUGUAUCCGUGACAAGAAACACUUCAACCCUUUCAUGAACGGAACAGACUAUCACCUGCGAGUCGACAGGUACACCAUCGAUGAGGGGUCGUUUGCCAACACAUUCUCCCGUUACGAAGAGCUUCCUUUCCAAGAUAACAGAUACCAACUGCCCGAACUAAAGGAGACUGUCCAAGUAUCGCAAGGCCAAAUUUCCUUGAGACUAUACCCUUAUGAAGAAAUACUCCACCCUUGUCUCUAUCUUUCAAUCACGGACGACGACCAAGUUGCUGUGCAUGCCAUACUAGCCAGACGAGAACAUUUCAACUUUAUGGAUAUUGCGUGGUUUGACCAAGGGUUGGCAUUCUGUGCUUUGCUCGAAGUCGACCGAUCCAAUUGUGCUGCCAUUGGGUAUAAACGGUUGAUUGACCCCAGCCCCUCUGAGACUCUGUCAUAUCAAGUUUACCUCGGACAACGGCUGUCUAUUUUGAGUGGACGACGCACUUUGAACGGCAUAUGGGCCGGCGAUGGGUUUUUCUUAUACGCUUCUGCCGAUCAGAUUCGGGUCUGGUCCUUCGAUGAGGAUUGGGAGCCUUCCGGUGCGCUUUCAUGCAGCUCAGCGGAUUUUCUCGCGUCUUUGAGAAGAUCAGCCAGAUCCCAGCAAGGUCUAGUGACAGGUUUCUAG